AUGCUUAAAAAGCUGCAGAUGCCAGGUCUAGAUUUUGACUUCUCGGCUCGUGCCAAUAAAAAUAAGUUACGUGUAUCUUAUGUGAUACCUAUACCUGGUAUAGCGAAAAUAGUUUAUAAUACAUUGAAGAAUGACUUAACGAGGGCGACGGUUCAUCAGCCCAGUGUUAUCGAUAAAACAUGUCUCUUAAAACCAGACGUUGGUCCAUGUCGGUCUGAAAUCCCCAUGUAUUUUUAUCAACCAUCUGAUCGUAAUUGUUCCUUAUUUAUAUGGGGAGGAUGUCAAGGAAAUGGGAACAGAUUCGAUACUAAUAGAGAAUGCAUGACGACAUGUCUCAGCCAAUCCGGGCAAACAAAAAGAAGGCCGAAGUGGUGCAGUUUGUCGUUCGACUAUGGAUUCUGCUUUGGGGCUAUCGAAAGAUGGUACUACGAUUCACUUUGGAAGGUCUGUAAGAAAAGAAUAUACUCUGGUUGCGGUGGAAAUAAGAAUAAUUUCUAUAACAAAGAACAGUGCGAUUCGACAUGCAAAUUCGCCACUGGGGUUAUAAGAGCUCCGGGAAAAAAUAUAAGUGGAGUUAAAAAAGUUCUCAUUGUAAACCCUUGGAAUGCAACGAAAAAGAAAGGACGAAAUCAAACAACAACCAAAUUCGUAGCAAAGCCAUCAAAUCCUGCAAUUACAGCAAUCAUAAAGAUGUAGCCGUUUCAUAAUAUAA